GAUAGCCGAAGCAAGACGUCCAAACCGCAACCUUUUCAAUCCACCCGCCUCUACCACAACCACACGCUCCUCCCGGUACGUGAGCUAAUCCGUGUCCGCGUAUCCGUCAAUCGCUAAUCUGUCCCACGCACACGCAGACCUACACCAAACCUCACGAUGGCCGCGACCACAUCCGAAAUCAUCCAGCGCAAGACCCAGCGUCCCGCCUCCGAGGAUCUCCUCAGCGAGAAGUGGGACAAGUGCCUCUCCAACCUCGUCGUCAAGUCCGCCCUCGGAGCCGGCUUCGGAAUCAUCUUCUCGAUCCUCCUGUUCAAGCGCCGUGCCUGGCCCGUAUCGUUCGGUCUCGGAAUCGGAGCUGGUAGGAGUUAUGCUGAGUGCGAUCAGGAGUUCAAGGGGGCUGCUGGCGGUGUUACAAAGGCCGUCGGCGAGCGGCUGCAGAGGUCGUAGAUGUGCUGCGGGAAAAAAACAUGAUCGUCGUCCUUUCUCUUUGAGGCGCGAGCUGGUGUUGGAAAAAGGAGCAGGCGCAAUUACGUUACGUGUGUGUACAGCAAAAUUUUAGACUGGAAUUGGUUGCGAUAAAAAGCAAAGCUACUAUGUAUUGUAACAAAGGUGGUGCAAAAGAUCACUUACGAUCUCCCCAAAUGAGAUCGAUCAUUCAACUCGUACCGAGAGCCCCCUGUGCCUGGAGAACGGACGAUAAGAAUCGGUUCUGUGCAAUUGCGAGGG